UGUAGUCGUGAGGGCUGGACUGCGGCCCACAAACCCUCGCGCGGACUCUGCGGCGGCGCGGCCCGGGCGCCGUCGGGCUGGGCGGCGGCGUAUGAGCCCGGUCUGAGCUGGAACCUAAGCCCGGCUGCAGCCACCAUGUCGGCGCCUUCGGAGGAAGAAGAGUACGCGCGGCUGGUGAUGGAGGCGCAGCCCGAGUGGCUGCGCGCAGAGGUGAAGCGGCUGUCGCAUGAGCUGGCCGAGACCACGCGUGAGAAGAUCCAGGCGGCCGAGUAUGGGCUGGCGGUGCUGGAGGAGAAGCACCAGCUCAAGCUGCAGUUCGAGGAGCUGGAAGUGGACUACGAGGCCAUCCGCAGCGAGAUGGAGCAGCUCAAGGAGGCAUUCGGACAGGCACAUACAAACCACAAGAAGGUGGCUGCGGACGGUGAGAGCCGGGAGGAGAGUCUGAUUCAAGAGUCAGCGUCCAAGGAGCAGUACUAUGUGAGGAAGGUGCUGGAGCUGCAGACGGAACUGAAGCAGUUGCGCAACGUGCUCACCAACACGCAGUCUGAGAACGAGCGCUUGACCUCGGUGGCUCAGGAGCUGAAGGAGAUCAACCAGAAUGUGGAGAUCCAGCGUGGCCGCCUGCGGGAUGAUAUCAAGGAGUAUAAGUUCCGGGAGGCCCGCCUGCUGCAGGACUACUCAGAGCUGGAGGAGGAGAACAUCAGCUUGCAGAAGCAGGUGUCUGUGCUCAGGCAGAACCAGGUGGAGUUUGAGGGCCUUAAGCAUGAAAUCAAGCGUCUAGAGGAAGAGACUGAAUACCUCAACAGCCAGCUGGAGGAUGCCAUCCGCCUCAAGGAGAUCUCAGAGCGGCAACUGGAAGAGGCCCUGGAGACGCUGAAGACGGAGCGGGAGCAGAAGAACAGCCUGCGUAAGGAGCUGUCGCACUACAUGAGCAUCAACGAUUCCCUGUACACCAGCCAUCUGCACGUCUCCCUGGACGGCCUUAAGCUCAGUGACGACGCCGAGGCCCUGGCCAACGGCUUUGAGCACGGCGGGCUGGCCAAGUUGCCGCUGGACACCAAGACGUCCACGCCCACCAAGGACAGCCUGGCACCACCCCCCAGCCUUGUGUCUGACCUCCUAAGCGAGCUGAACAUUUCUGAGAUCCAGAAGCUGAAGCAGCAGCUGAUGCAGAUGGAAAGGGAGAAGGUGGGUCUCUUGGCCACACUACAGGACACGCAGAAGCAGUUGGAGCAGACGCGGGGGACCUUGUCAGAGCAACAUGAGGAGGUCAGCCGCCUCACGGAGAACCUGAGUGCGCUGCGGCGCCUGCAGGCCGGCAAGGAGCGUCGCACGGCCCUGGACAGUGAGAAGGAGCGCGACAGCCAUGAGGACGGCGACUACUACGAGGUGGACAUCAACGGACCCGAGAUCCUUGCCUGUAAGUACCGCGUGGCCCUGGCAGAGGCCGGCGAGCUCCGGGAGCAGCUGAAGACCUUGCGGAGUGAGCACGAGGCCAGCGAGGCCCAGCGUGCAGAGGAGAAGAGCCGGCACGAGGCCGAGAGCCAGGCACUGGCCGAGAAGGUCUCCCUGCUGGAGAAGGCCGGCCGCCAGGACCGAGAGCUGCUGACCCGGCUGCAGGCGGAGUUGAAGAAGGUGAGCGACGUGGCCGGUGAGACACAGGGAAGCCUGAGCGUGGCUCAGGAGGAGCUGGCGGCCUUCAGCGAGGAGCUGGCUAGCCUGUACCACCACGUGUGCAUGUGCAACAACGAGACGCCGACCCGCGUUGCGCUGGACUACUACCGGGAGGGCCCCGAGGCCCGUGGGCGCCGCUCACCUGCUGUGCCCAAGGGCCCGCCGGUUGUGGAGGGUGGGCCUGGGGACGGCAGCCCCACGCCCAGCUCUUCACUGCCCUCCCCUCUGAGUGAUCCGCGCCGGGAGCCCAUGAACAUCUACAACCUGAUCGCCAUCAUCCGGGACCAGAUCAGGCACCUGCAAACAGCCGUAGACCGCACCACGGAGCUGUCGCGGCAGCGCCUGGCCUCGCAGGAGCUGGGCCCGGCCACAGACAAAGACCGGGAGGCGCUCAUGGAAGAGAUCCUCAAGCUCAAGUCCCUGCUCAGCACCAAGAGGGAACAGAUCACCACGCUGCGCACAGUGCUCAAGGCAAACAAGCAGACAGCUGAGGUGGCCCUCGCCAACCUGAAGAGCAAGUAUGAGAAUGAGAAGGCCAUGGUCACGGAGACCAUGAUGAAACUGCGCAACGAGCUCAAGGCCCUCAAGGAGGAUGCGGCCACCUUCUCCUCGCUGCGCGCCAUGUUCGCCACCAGGUGUGACGAGUACAUCACACAGUUGGAUGAGAUGCAGCGGCAGCUUGCAGCAGCUGAGGACGAGAAAAAGACGCUCAACUCGCUGCUGCGCAUGGCCAUCCAGCAGAAGCUGGCUCUGACCCAGCGUCUGGAGCUGCUUGAACUGGACCACGAGCAGACGCGUCGCGGCCGCACCAAGGCCAACCCCAAGACCAAGCCCAGCGCCCCGAGCCUGUAGAGUAGCUGCCAGGAGGACUCGGCCGCCGGCCCUGUCACACUGCAGUCCUUCCCCCCUCCCGUGGGCCCACGCAGAGGAAGGAAGGGCAGCCUUAAAAAAUCCACUUAGAAACAUUUAUGGAUAUGCCACUGCAAUUCUUUUCAAAAUAGCAUUCCCGAAUUUUUAAUGGGAGAGGAAAAAAAAAAAGCUUUAAUGUUGAAAAACUGUGAGCUGCUCUUGGAAAGGCCCUUGUACAAGCGCUGAGGAACCUGCUUCACAGCAACCACAGGCUCGCUUAGGAAGCCCUAGAGACACACACCCUGGGUCUUCCUGUCACAGAUACUCCCCUUAUCCAAUCAACCUGGGCACUUUUGAUACUUUGACAUUGCUUCCUUAAACCCUCACAUUGGGAUGGUCUCAGAUGCUGUGGUCUCUCUUGUGGUCCUAUAGUCGCGCCCCCACCCCCUUCCCCUCAGAUCCCAACGUGUUGGUCUGACGUCAGCACGUGGCACGGGUGCGUCCUACAUGUGCGUAGCUCCAGACUCCUUAGAAGGCUUUGACCUGCGAGGCGCUUGCUGACGUGUCCACGCUGUGGUUCGGCAGCCUUUUCGAUGAUUGUGUGGCACUGUGUUUGAAAUUAUGUUCGAAAUUACAGAUCUUAAAUGCCAUGUUCAUUAAGAAAUCCAGGGUAUUCCAAUUCUGGGGUUUUUCAUAUUGUAUUAUUAUUAUUCUUAGGAAUAGUUCAAUGUAACAAGAAGAAAACUUGACCUUUGCUCUGGUUAAACAGUAAUAGGCACUUGAAAAGAAAAGGAUAAAUUAUCACGAUGAGUAGCAUUACCUACAAAUCCCAGAAUCUUCUGGGUUUUAGGACAUUGUGAAGCACGACUGAUUGACUGAUUAACAGAAUUUUAUACAACUGUACCAGUGAAAUUCCAAAUUGGAAUUAUUUUGUUAUUCUGGUUGUUGUGCCAACUUACGGUACACUUAGAAAAAUUCCGCAGCCGUUGAUUUUUAGGGUGUUCUAUUUCAGCACCUUUUUGUUAGUAAUCAUUGCCAGUAGUGCCUUCAUCAGUUAAGGGAGGUGUCCCAGCCUAGUUAAUACUCUCAUGUGGACAGUGAAGAACUAGUUGGGAAUGCUGAAGGCCAUCGUGGACCAAGAGGUGCACGCACACACACACACACACACACACACACACACACACACACACACACACACACACACACACACCUUCACACUGGAACUGGGCAUCUUCGUUGAGGGAAAGAAAACAGCAAUUGUACAAAAUUCUGUUAGUCAGUGAUUCUUUACUGUGCAGAUCCUUACAAAUUCAGGGGCUGAGAAAAACGAAAGUGAACAUACGCCUUAGGUGUACUUUGGGAACCAAAUGGGCUUUCCGGAACAAGCUAAGCAAGCUGUGUGAAAAACACGCCACGUUUGUGAAGAGCUGAGCAGCGCAGGGGCCGGUGCUGUCGGCCUCAUCCGCAGGGUGAGGGCUAGCCAUAGUAUUCUUUGCAAAUGUGAGAAAGAGACAUUAUAUAUUCUCUUGCUUGGUGUUAACUAAUCACUGUUACUUUCAGGAAACAGAAUUCACUGAAGCUCCUUUCUUAGCACAUUGGGUCCGUAUUCUGUUCUGAUCUGCUAAGUGAGGUUGUGUGAAUAGCCAAAUUGGUACUCGUAGAGGGGGAAAAAAAACUAAACAUGUCCUCCGUCCUCCAAAAUAAGGGACAAAUUUUAAUAAUUUAAGUAGCAAGAAUAAAAGAAUUCUGUUUCCUGGAAUCAGCUUUUCCUACUCCUAAUUGUAGGGACUCUUUUUUUUUUUUAAACCUGCUCUUACAGUGUUGAUUCAUAAGAAAUAAUGUUACAUUUAUGAUAACUUCAUCUGUAUGGGGUAUUUAUUUGCAAUGAAGUCUUGUACUGUAUUUUUUUUUUUCCUGUGCAUUACCUUAGUGUCAGAAUGUUGUCUUUAUUUUAAGGUCAUAUGCAUGUUCUGCCAAGGAACCUUUACACAGACCCAGAUAAACAAAAAUGCCUCCAGAUUCAGAGCACAAAAGGCAAAAUACAGACAAGUAAUAGGAAGGAGGAAUCAGUUACAAUUUGGGACACAGACAGA